AUCCAUCAUGACACUAUCCCUCAUUCACCGAGUUUCAAAACAUCUCCAGCAAAACUUCUGUCUCUUCUUCUCUGUCUUUGGUUUCUCUAAAAAUGCUUCUGAAAUUCAAGAAUCCCUUCUCCAUGGAAGGAAACAAUAAGAACACCAAGAGUAAAUCCAGUACUUAUGGAAGUUCAGACAAGACCUCCAUGAAUGUUGGAUUGCAAAUUCUCACACAAAGAUCACAGAGAAAACUGAACAUUGUAGAUAAAUCAGCACUCCGACCGACCCAGAAACCGGUUUCGAGCAAUCGUAGCUCCAGUUCUGAAUAUUGCUUUCUCAAAUCAUGCCACUUGUGCAACAAGGAGUUGUGUCUGGACAAAGAUGUCUACAUGUACAGGGGAGAUGAAGGGUUCUGUAGCAUAGAGUGCCGCGACCGGAAGAUUUAUUUGGAUGAAAUGGAGGAACUGGAAAAACUUGCAAAACAGAGGAGAGCAGCCAAGUACAAGCAUUGCAGCACCGCACGUCGCCGUGGGACUCGCCGUACCGGUACCGGCGAUGAACUCGCAGUACAACAUUCUCAUCAUCAAAGCCAUCAAUGGACAAUAACAUCAUAACUGAUUGAUGAAUUGUUCUUCUUCUUCUUCUUGUUGAUCCAAAUAUGAAAAUUAAUGACGAGCUUUUUCAGUGUUUUUUUCUUUAAUGGGGCAUUUUGUCAUAUGUGGCAAGGGAGGAUGAACUGGAUAAGGAUGAUUGGAAAGCACUGUUAUAGUGUUUUCUCCACUUUUCCAAAUCAGCUUGGACUUAUAUGUGUAUGUGUAUGGCCUCCUAUGGUCCCCCAUCACCAUCCUUUCUUUUUCUCUAACACGUAAAUAUCUCCUAUUCUCUAUA